AUGGCGACUUUUGUAUUCACCCGGAACCAGAACGAUGUAUCAAUAUCCCAAUUAACAAAGUUUUGUUUGCCAAACGAAAUAAGUCUUUCGUGGAGGAAUAUAUCUUAUAAAGUUGAAAGAAGAAGAGGUGGAAAUUAUUUACGAGAUUUUUUUAUUGGAAAACAAAUUGAAUAUGUCAAAUUAUUAAAUGGAGUUCAUGGUAUCGUGAAAUCAGGAACUUUAAUGGCUAUAAUGGGUCCAAGUGGCGCUGGAAAAACAAGUCUACUAGCAAGAAUAAGUCUGCGAAUUAAAGGAACAGUAUGCGGUGAAGUAUUACUCAAUGGUAAAUCUGCGGACACUGAAACAAUGUCACGAAUAUCUGGUUUUGUUCCUCAACAAGAUAUUACAAUAGAAUCAUUAACUGUACAGGAACACAUGGAAUUUAUGGCACGAAUGAAAAUGGAUCGAGAAUAUCAAUCACCGCUACGGAAACAACGUAUUUCAGUUUUACUUACACAAUUAGGUUUAGUAAAAUGUUGUUCGACAAAACUUUCACAAUUAUCUUGUGGAGAAAGAAAAAGAAUAUCAUUGGCAGUUGAGCUACUUAAUGAACCAAGAAUAAUAUUCUGCGAUGAACCGACAACAGGUCUAGAUAGUUUUGCAGCAUUGACUGUAAUUAAAACAUUACGAGACUUAGCUAAUCGAGGAUGUAUAGUUAUCUGUUCCAUUCAUCAACCUGCAUCAGGGCUUUUAGAGCUUUUCCAUGAAAUUAUUAUACUUUCGAGUGGAAGAUUGGCAUUUCAAGGAAAUACCUUAGAGGCCUUAAGAUUUUUACAAAGUUUGAAUUUUGAAUGCCCUACUACAUUUAACAUUGCUGAAUUUUUGGUAAAGCAACUUUCAAUUAAUCGAGAGAGAGAAUCUGAAAAUUUAAAGAAGGUAAAAUGGAUUUGUGAUAAAUUUGAAGAAUCGAUUUAUGGCCAACAACUUGUAAAAAUAAUCAGUAAAUCAGUUACAGAAACAUUAUCAGCUAAUUCACAACAUAAAACACAACUUCACUGGCUUAUGUGGAGAAUUUACAUCGAUUAUAAAAGGAAUUUAUCAUCAAUAUGUUUCAGAUUUUCUUUGUACAUGUUUAUUGGUAUUCUUUUAAGUACACCAUACAUUGGAAUUAUGAAAAAUAUUGAUCAAAAUGGUAUACAAAGCAUACAGGGUCUUAUGUAUCUCAUAAUUACUGAAACAAUAUUUACAUUUAACUAUUCGGUAUUCUAUACUUUUUCAAAUGAGCUACCUCUAUUAUUAAGAGAUAUUUCUAAUGGUCUUUACAAUCCAGCUCCUUAUUAUUUAAGUAAAAUUAUAAUAACGAUUCCAGGAGCCAUCAUACAACCACUUAUGUUCAUAAGCAUCAUAUACACAAUUGUUGGCUUAAAUAUAAAUGACUACAAUUUUUUUUUAUUUCUUUUGCCUGUAGUUCUUAGUGCCAUGUCUGCAUCAGCAGUUGGUUAUCUAAUGUCUGCAAUAUUUAAAUCAAUCACUACAGCAUCUCUAUUUUCCGUACCAAUUGACUUCAUUACUUUAAUUUUUAGCGGACUAUUUCUUCAGCUCGGAAAUUUGGCUCCUCACAUAGAAUGGUUAAAGUACACAUCACAUUUUUAUUAUGGAAUUGAAGCUAUAUCGUUAACUCAGUGGCGAGAAGUUGAUAAAAUAGAUUGUCCUGCAGAUCCGGAAGAACCAUGUGUUUCAACCGGCAUCAUGGUCCUUGAAAAAUAUGGCUAUAAAUCUGAUCAUUAUUUCAUUGACUGUUUAGGACUAAUCGUAAUAUUUUCUAUUAGUCAUAUCAUUGGAUUUCUUGCGAUUCGAAUAAGAAGUAAUAAGCAACCUAUUUAUUAG